AUGGACGGCUUCCGCUUCCGCCUGAAUUGUGUCGACCACUAUCAGGCCGCUCCCACAGAAUUUGACCCGAAGCUGCACCGCGAACUGGGCCUGCCAUCGCAGCGACACGAUGCAUACCAAGUCCCCGUUAUUCGUGCUUUCGGCGCCACCGAGACGGGCCAGAAGGUUUGCGCCCAUAUCCAUGGCGCAUUACCAUACCUCUACCUAGAGUACGAUGGGAGCUUGGAACAGGAUGCCGUCGACGCGUACAUCCAGAGUUUGCGCAUCUCCAUCGACCACGCGCUUGCCGUUAGUUACCGCCGAAAUGCGUACGACGGCAAAACCAAUUUUGUCGCCCAUAUCACUCUCGUCAAGGGCGUCCCCUUCUUUGGAUACCACGUGGGAUACAGGUUCUUCCUGAAAGUAUACAUGUUGAAUCCUUCAAACAUGACGCGGCUGGCCGACUUGUUGCAACAAGGUACUGUUCUGGCCAAGGUCCUGCAGCCCUAUGAGAGCCAUCUGCAGUAUCUACUGCAAUGGAUGUGCGACUACAACCUGUACGGAUGCGCGUACAUCGACUGCGCCAAAGUGAAGUUCCGCGACCCGGUGCCGGACUCCCUGGAAAUGAGGAAUCCGGCGCACAGGUGGCACGAUCGAUCUAUAUCUCCCGAGUGGAUAUCCGAUGCGGACAGCAUGCCUCGCCAGAGCCACUGUUCUGUCGAAGUGGACAUAUGCGUGCAUGAUAUACUUAAUCGGAAAGAGAUCCACUCGAGGCCUAUCCACCACGAUUUCCAGGAACGCUUUAACCAUCUCGCGCCCGACGAAAAGUAUGUGCACUCCAUGGCCGGGCUGUGGAGGGAUGAGACCAUCAGACGGAAACGUAGGAUGGGUCUGACGGAUCCUGGGAGCAGCCCGUUUCCUCCCGAAGUUCUGGUGACAAUGUCCGCAGACCCACGAGAUACCGGGGAUGGUGGUUGGAUUCAUGAAGAGGAAUACCGGGAGAUCCUGGAAAAGCUUAUAGACGACGAGAGGAAAGUGGAUCAUGGUAGUGAUGUUGGAUUCGAUCACUUUGUCAAGCCUACCGCUCGAGAAUCGGAGAUCAAAACCGUCCUUGAAAGUGUCGAGGAUCUCUUUCCAGAGUCAUUAGAAAUCUUCCACGCAACUCAAAAACCAGCUUUCCAUCAUCAUCAAGCUGAUGGUGCACCUCCGCCGCUUGUCGAUGAAGAGAGUGCUACACAAGUCAAUGAUGAGGAUGCCAUGUACGACUUCGACGACGAGAUCGCACAAGAGACUGCAUUACAUCAAACAGCGGCGGAACGGAAUGUAGUAGGCGUCAAAGAAGGAAGGGAGCCGAACGAGAAGGACACCGACAAGUAUGAGGCUCGCCCUGAUGGGAAUGACCAUGGAGAACGGUUUCAGGAUCCCGAAGACCCUAUAGAACCUAUGUUCGGUGAUGAGGAUUCAGGAACAUUCGACUCGGAGAACGAGUACGGUAGUUUUCAUGAAGAUUUCCUUGAAAGCUCUCUUAAUCAAUCAGGCCAGAAGCAUGGCAUAGUGUCGAUAGCAGCGGGUCUCGGAAAACGUCAGAAGCUGUACAACUUCACAGAACGCUCCAACGAAGCAAGUAGCUCCCCUAUGAGGCUCUCACCUAAUAAACCAACGUUGUCAUCAAAGCGGGUGGCAUUCAAUGACAAAGUUGACGACCUGGCGGAACCCACCAAUAAUCCUUGGAAGAACCCCAGCCAAGAUAUGCCCGCGAGUCAAUCUUCCCAGGGUAGCAUCAAGGCUCAGCAAUCGCACGGACCCAACACUCUCUCAUUCCCUGUCGUCAAGAGUCCCCACGAUCCUGAAGCAGCCCUACGUUUGAGCAAACGCGCUGGGUGGUCUAACUCUCAGAAAUCUCCUCACACACCUUCAAAGUCAUCGUGGCCAAACGAGGGCAAGCACUCCAUUAAUACCUCAUGGAGCGAUGCAAAGACAGGUGCUACUGCAGCAUCAAGCAAUGCACCAGUUUCGCCACAAGUGCUGCAGAUGGCUGAACAGUUGCGGACUGGAUCCUUUGUCAACAGCGGUGCUACUGUGCUCUGCUUUGCUCAGCUCCCUCCAACCGCAGAGGCAGUAUCCUCGACAAUGCUCGAAUAUGGCUUACCACCCGUCAUAUAUCAAAAUGCUCAUUACAGCGAUGAACGCGACGUACCAGACCGGCCUCGUGAAUAUGCUGGACGGGAGUUCAAGCUCGAGAGCACCACUGUUCCGUAUCUCCCACUCUUUGAUCCCACCGGAACUUCGCCAACAAACUUCGGGCAGAAGCCUAGCAUUGUCAUAGACAAAGCCAAAGAAGAUUUCAGGCAUCGUCGACGGAGCAUGAAGUGCUCUCUGUUAAACUGGGAGCUCGCCACCGUACCUCCAACUUAUGCUGAGGUGGAGAAAUGGCUCAAAGAAGAGGAGAACGAAAGAGCUGCUCCUGAUCCUGGAGAAGUCGACGUGGAUCUGGUUGCAGAAGAACAGAAGAGGCUAAGGGCUAAAGCGCACAUUUCACAGAUUGAGGGACCCACUCAAAGAAACCGGCAUGGCUUCAAGUACUCGCAAAAACAAGAGUCAACAAGUGUGAAUCACGAGACACAGUAUAUGAGUAUCAUGAGCCUCGAAGUACACGUCAAUUCUCGCGGAACUCUUCUUCCCGAUCCUGCGAAAGACGAGAUUGCGUGCAUUUUCUGGUGCGUUCAAACCGACGAUGAGUCAGAAGGCGUACAUCUUGGUGUUACGGCAUUAUCAAACAAAGAUGGAAUUGCCAAAAGCAUGGCUCGAAUCCUUGGCUUGGAGGUGCAGUACGAGGAGGACGAACUCGAUCUACUCAACAAGGUGGUGGACAUUGUGCGGGAAUUCGACCCGGACAUCCUGACUGGCUACGAGGUGCACAACAGCUCUUGGGGAUAUGUCAUUGAGCGCGCCCGACUCAAGUAUGAGUACAACCUCUGCGACGAGUUCUCGCGCAUGAAGUCUCAAUCCCACGGUCGAUUCGGAAAGGAGGCCGAUCGAUGGGGCUUCACUCAUACGUCCACCAUCCAAGUCACUGGCAGACACAUGAUCAACAUAUGGCGCGCCAUGCGAGGAGAGUUGAAUCUGCUGCAGUACACCAUGGAAAACGUCGUGUUCCACCUUCUUCACAAAAGGAUUCCGCACUUUACACACCAGGACCUGACCAAGUGGUACCAAGGCGGUAAACCUCGCGACUUGGCAAAGGUACUUGAUCACUUCCUGUCGAGGGUUCAGUUAAACAUCGAUAUCCUGGAAGCCAAUGAGAUAAUAGCCCGUACAAGUGAACAAGCACGUCUACUUGGUGUCGACUUCUUCUCCGUCAUCUCUCGAGGAUCUCAGUUCAAGGUUGAAUCUCUAAUGUUCCGGAUCGCGAAGCCCGAAAACUUCCUACUACCGUCUCCAUCGCGAAGGCAAGUCGGUCAACAAAACGCACUCGAAUGCUUGCCUCUGGUCAUGGAACCGCAAAGUGCGUUUUACAAUAGCCCUGUGUUGGUCUUGGAUUUCCAAUCGCUCUAUCCGUCGGUGAUGAUAGCAUACAAUUACUGCUAUUCAACUUUCCUUGGCAGAAUCGUGGGCUGGCGUGGGCAGAACAAGAUGGGCUUCACGGAUUUCCAGCGUGAACCGCGACUGCUCGAACUUGUCAAGGACUACGUCAACAUCGCACCCAAUGGCAUCAUGUACGUACGGCCAGAGAUGCGCAAGUCACUGCUGGCAAAAAUGCUGGGCGAGAUUCUCGAGACACGUGUCAUGGUCAAGAGCGGGAUGAAGGUGGACAAGGAUGACCGGGCGCUGCAACAGCUGCUCAACAACCGGCAACUGGCACUCAAGCUCAUCGCCAACGUCACGUACGGCUACACGUCAGCCUCGUUCAGUGGACGCAUGCCGUGCUCCGAGAUCGCCGACAGCAUCGUGCAGACCGGCCGCGAGACGCUCGAAAAGGCCGUCGCUUUCAUCCACAGUGUCGCCGAGUGGGGCGCUGAGGUCGUGUACGGCGACACCGACUCCCUCUUCGUGCACCUGCCCGGCCGCACGCGCGAGGAUGCCUUCGACAUCGGCGAGAAGAUUGCCGCGGCCGUCACUGAGCGCAACCCGCGCCCCGUCAAGCUCAAGUUCGAAAAGGUCUACCACCCCUGCGUGCUCCUGGCGAAGAAGCGCUACGUCGGCUUCAAGUACGAGUCGCGGCAGCAACAAGAGCCCGAAUUCGACGCCAAGGGCAUCGAGACCGUCCGUCGGGACGGGACGCCGGCGGAGCAGAAGAUCGAGGAGAAGGCGCUGAAGCUGCUCUUCCGCACGCAGGACCUCAGCCAGGUGAAGCGCUACUUCCAGGCGCAGUGCCGCAAGAUCAUGGACGGCCGCGUCAGCAUCCAGGACUUCCUCUUCGCCCGCGAGGUCAAGCUGGGCACGUACGCGGACAAGGGGCCCGGCCCGCCGGGCGCCCUCAUCGCCACCAAGCGCAUGCUGGCCGACCACCGCGCCGAGCCCCAGUACGGCGAGCGCCUGCCGUACGUCGUCGUCACGGGCGCGCCGGGCGCCCGCCUCGUCGACCGCUGCGUCGACCCCGCGCGCCUGCUCGCCGACGACCAGCUCGAGCUCGACGCCGAGUACUACAUUUCCAAAAACCUCAUCCCCCCUCUCGAGCGCAUCUUCAACCUCGUCGGCGCCAACGUGCGCGCCUGGUACGACGAGAUGCCCAAGGUCCAGCGCGUGCGGAACGUCGCCACCGCCGCCGCCACCGGGGACGCUGCCCUCGCUGGCGGCGGCGGUGGCGUCGUCAUCAAAAAGACCCUCGAGAACUACAUGCGCUCCGGCUCCUGCUUCAUCUGCCGCACAAAGCUGGACCAGCACCACCACCACCAUCGACCGCCGUCACGACGACAGCAACAGCAACAGCAACGCCAACCUGCAAAACCCACCCACCCCCACCCCCUCCCCCUCUGCCCCGCCUGCCUCUCGCGCCCCCACGCCGCGCUGCUCGACCUGCGCGCCCGCCAGCAGCGCGCCGAGCGCCGCGCCCGCGACGUCGACGCCGUGUGCCGCGGCUGCGAGGGCGGCGUGGCGGCCUUCGGCGACGAGGUCCGCUGCGCCAGCCGCGACUGCCCCGUCUUUUACUCGCGCGUGCGGGCCAGGGCGGGCGUGAGGGCGGCGAGGGGGGAGGUGGAGGAGGUGGCGGCGGCGUUGGAGAGGAGGGAGGAGGCGAGAGAUGGUGGUGGUGGUGGUGGUGGUGGUGGUGGUGAGGGCCUGGAUUGGUGA